ACAAGAAUGCACACUGGGUGAUGCAGCUUGCAAGAAUCCUGAGUCUGAUCCAGAAGACUUUGCAGAUGAAGCAAAUACAGAAAAUCUUUAUGGUACCUCUCCCCCCAGCACGCCGCGACAGAUGAAACGCUUAUCAGCCAAACACCAGAGGAACAACAUAGGGAGGCCGGCCAGUCGCUCUAAUUUGAAAGAAAGAAUGAAUGCACCAAAUCAGCCUCUGCAUAAAGACACUGGAAAAGCAGUGGAGAAUGUGGAAGAAUACAGCUAUAAGCAGGAGAAAAAGAUCCGAGCAACUCUUAGAACAACAGAGCGUGAUCAUAAGAAAAAUGUACAGUGCUCAUUCAUGUUGGACUCAGUGGGUGGGUCUUUGCCAAAAAAAUCGAUUCCCGACGUGGAUCUCAAUAAGCCUUACCUCAGCCUUGGCUGUAGCAACGCUAAGCUUCCAGUUUCCGUGCCCAUGCCCAUAGCUAGAACUGCACGGCAGACUUCGAGGACUGAUUGUCCAGCAGAUCGUUUGAAGUUUUUUGAAACAUUACGACUCUUGCUAAAGCUUACCUCAGUCUCAAAGAAGAAGGACAGGGAACAAAGAGGACAAGAAAAUACAUCUGCUUUCUGGUUUAACCGAUCUAAUGAGCUGAUCUGGUUAGAGCUACAAGCCUGGCACGCAGGACGGACCAUUAAUGACCAGGACCUCUUUUUGUAUACAGCUCGUCAAGCCAUCCCAGAUAUUAUCAACGAAAUCCUCACUUUCAAAGUUAAUUAUGGGAGCUUUGCCUGUGUUCGAAAUGGAGCUAGUUUUAAUGGUACUUCAGUAGAAGGGCAUUGCAAAAGCCCUCACAGCACAAAGGUUGUGGGUCCCUCAACCUAUCACGAGCAUCUCCAGCGCCAGAGGGUUUCGUUUGAGCAGGUGAAACGGAUAAUGGAGCUGCUAGAAUACAUAGAAGCACUUUAUCCAUCAUUGCAGGCUCUUCAAAAGGACUACGAAAAAUACGCUGCGAAAGACUUCCAGGACAGGGUGCAGGCACUCUGUUUGUGGUUAAACAUCACGAAAGACUUAAAUCAGAAAUUAAGGAUCAUGGGCACUGUUUUGGGCAUCAAGAACCUGUCAGACAUUGGCUGGCCAGUGUUUGAAAUACCUUCUCCUCGACCUUCCAAAGGCAAUGAGCCAGAAGAUGAGGGCGAUGACACGGAAGGGGAGCUGAAGGAGUUGGAAAGUAGCACGGAUGAGAGUGAAGAAGAGCAGCGCUCUGACCCGAGGGUAUCAGAAAUCAGGCAGUCUACAGACAACAGUUCUGACACCCACUCGCAAGACUGCAUAUCCAAGAAGCUUGAGAGGCUUGGAUCUGAGGAGGAUUCUGUUGGCUGGGGAACACCAGACACCAGCCCGGAAGCAGGCUUUAGUAGACACUGUCUGACUUCUAUUUAUAGACCAUUUGUAGACAAAGCACUGAAGCAGAUGGGGUUAAGAAAGUUAAUUUUAAGACUUCACAAGCUAAUGGAUGGUUCCUUGCAAAGGGCACGCGUAGCACUGGUAAAGAGCGAUCACCCAGCAGAGUUUUCUGAAUUUCCAGAUCCCAUGUGGGGCUCAGACUACGUGCAGUUGUCUCGGACCCUGCCUUCCCGCGAGCAGAAGCGCAGCACCGUGUCGUGGGAGGAGCUGAAGGCCAUGGACUUGCCCUCCUUCGAGCCAGCCUUCUUGGUCCUCUGUCGGGUUCUUCUGAACGUUAUUCACGAGUGCCUGAAGUUAAGAUUGGAACAGAGACCUGCCGGAGAACCAUCUUUAUUGAGUAUUAAGCAGCUGGUGAGAGAGUGCAAGGAGGUCUUGAAAGGUGGCCUUCUGAUGAAGCAGUACUACCAGUUCAUGCUGCAGGAGGUCCUGGAAGACCUGGAGAAGACAGAUUGCAACAUCGAUGCUUUUGAAGAGGAUCUGCAGAAAAUGUUGAUGGUAUAUUUUGAUUACAUGAGAAGCUGGAUCCAAAUGCUACAGCAAUUACCUCAGGCAUCUCACAGUUUAAAAAAUCUGUUAGAAGAAGAAUGGAAUUUCACCAAAGAAAUAACUCAUUACAUACGGGGAGGAGAAGCACAGGCUGGAAAACUUUUCUGAAUGCUGUUGAAAUCUACAGGAAGUUUUUUAGAAUUUGGCUUACAGGAGAGCUGUGCUGAAUUUUGGACCAGUGCUGAUGAUAGCAGUGCUUCAGACGAGAUAAGGAGGUCUGUUAUAGAGAUCAGCCGGGCGCUGAAGGAGCUCUUUCAUGAAGCCAGAGAAAGGGCCUCGAAAGCGCUUGGAUUUGCUAAGAUGUUGAGAAAGGACCUGGAAAUUGCAGCAGAAUUCACACUGUCAGCCCCAGUUAGAGACCUCCUGGAUGUUCUCAAAUCAAAACAGUACGUUAAGGUACAAAUUCCUGGGUUAGAAAACUUGCAAGUGUUUGUUCCAGACAUUAUUGCUGAGGAGAAGAGUAUUAUUUUGCAGCUACUCAAUGCAGCCGCAGGAAAAGACUGUUCAAAAGAUUCAGAUGAUGCGUUAUUCAUUGAUGCCUACCUGCUCCUGACCAAGCAUGGUGAUCGAGCCCGUGAUCCAGAGGAUAGCUGGGGCAUGUGGGACGCCCCUCCUGUCAAAGUCGUGCCUCAGGUGGAGACUGCUGAUACCCUGAGGAGCAUGCAGGUGGAUAAUCUUUUACUGGUUGUCAUGGAGUCCGCCCACCUCACCAUCCUGAGGAAAGCUUUCCAGCAGUCCAUCGAGGGGCUCAUGACUCUGCGUCAGGAGCAGACGUCCAGUCAGCCGGUCAUUGCCAAGGCUUUGCAACAGCUAAAGGAUGACGCGUUAGAACUGUGCAGCAGAGUCAGCGAUGCCAUCGACCGGGUGGGCCACAUGUUCACGUCAGAAUUUGAUGCCGAGGUUGAGGAGUCGGAGUCCGUCACUUUGCAGCAGUACUAUCGAGAAGCGAUGAUUCAGGGGUACAAUUUUGGGUUUGAGUAUCAUAAAGAAGUUGUUCGUCUGAUGUCUGGGGAGUUUAGACAGAAGAUAGGAGACAAAUACAUAAGCUUUGCUCGGAAGUGGAUGAAUUACGUCCUGACUAAAUGUGAGAGUGGCCGCGGUACAAGACCCAGGUGGGCCACUCAAGGAUUUGAUUUUCUGCAAGCCAUUGAACCUGCUUUUAUCUCAGCUCUACCAGAAGACGACUUCUUGAGUUUACAAGCCUUGAUGAAUGAGUGCAUUGGACACGUCAUAGGGAAGCCGCACAGCCCUGUUACAGCUAUUCAUCGGAACAGUCCCCGACCUGUGAAGGUUCCUCGAUGCCACAGUGACCCUCCUAACCCACAUCUAAUCAUCCCAACUCCAGAGGGAUUCAGCACUCGGAGCGUGCCUUCGGAUGCGCGGAGCCACGGCAGCCCCGCCACUGCCACUGCUGCUGCCGCUGCUGGUCUCCCCAGCCCCUCUGGCGGUGACUCUGCGCCGCCCAAACCCAUCAGCAGUGCCCAUGAUACCAGGGGUUCCAGCGUGCCUGAAAAUGAUCGGUUGGCUUCCAUAGCUGCGGAGUUGCAGUUUAGGUCCCUGAGUCGUCACUCAAGCCCCACAGAGGAGCGAGACGAGCCAGCAUAUCCGAGAGGUGACUCAGGCGGGUCGGCGCGGAGAAGUUGGGAACUUCGGACUCUUAUCAGCCAGACCAAAGAUACCGCUUCUAAACAAGGACCCAUAGAAGCCAUCCAGAAGUCGGUCCGAUUAUUUGAAGAAAAGCGGUAUCGAGAAAUGAGGAGAAAGAAUAUCAUUGGUCAAGUUUGUGACACCCCUAAAUCCUAUGAUAAUGUUAUGCACGUUGGCUUGAGGAAGGUGACCUUCAAGUGGCAAAGAGGAAACAAAAUCGGAGAGGGGCAGUACGGGAAGGUCUACACCUGCAUCAGCGUCGACACCGGGGAGCUGAUGGCUAUGAAGGAGAUUCGGUUUCAACCUAACGACCAUAAAACUAUCAAGGAAACUGCAGACGAGUUGAAGAUAUUCGAAGGCAUCAAACACCCCAAUCUGGUUCGGUAUUUUGGGGUGGAACUUCACAGAGAGGAAAUGUACAUCUUCAUGGAGUACUGCGACGAGGGCACGCUGGAGGAGGUGUCACGGCUGGGGCUCCAGGAGCACGUCAUCAGGCUGUACUCCAAGCAGAUCACCGUGGCCAUCAACGUCCUGCAUGAGCACGGUAUAGUGCACCGCGACAUUAAAGGUGCCAAUAUCUUCCUUACCUCGUCUGGACUGAUUAAACUGGGAGAUUUCGGAUGCUCAGUAAAGCUUAAAAACAACGCACAGACCAUGCCUGGCGAGGUGAACAGCACGCUGGGGACAGCAGCAUACAUGGCACCUGAGGUCAUCACUCGCGCUAAAGGAGAAGGCCACGGGCGUGCAGCUGACAUCUGGAGCCUGGGCUGUGUCGUCAUUGAGAUGGUGACUGGCAAGAGGCCUUGGCAUGAGUAUGAACACAACUUUCAGAUUAUGUAUAAAGUGGGAAUGGGACAUAAGCCACCAAUCCCUGAAAGAUUAAGCCCGGAAGGAAAGGACUUCCUCUCUCACUGCCUUGAAAGUGACCCAAAGAUGCGGUGGACAGCCAGCCAGCUCCUCGACCAUCCGUUUGUCAAGGUUUGCACAGAUGAAGAAUGAAGCUACGCAGUCUGUGGCCUGGUAGUGUACGGACUUGGGAAUCCCUUAGAUCACUACUGUAUGUAAUAUUUACAGAAAGACUGUGCUGAGAAGCGGUGUAAGCCUUCUUAACCUUCCGAGACCGAAGACUGCACAGGUGACACGUGUCACUUCUCCUGCUGCUCCCGUUUGUCGAUGUGGCACAGGGCCCCAGUGAUGGUGUCCACGAGGUUAAAGAAGCUGCAUGUUAAGUGCCAUUACUACUGUACACGGACCAUCGCCUCUGUCUCCCCUGUUCUUGCGUGACUGAGAACCGUGACAUCAGUGUAGUGUUUUUGACCUUCUAGGUUGAAAAGAAAUUGUAGUGUUAUCAGGCGUCCCAGACCUUGUUUUUAAUCUCCUGUUUGUUGAGUGCACUGACUGUGAAAACCUUACCUUUUUGUUGUUGGCAAGCUGCAGGUUUGUUAUGCAAAAUGCUGAUUAAUGAAAUAUAAGAAAAAGGUUCUUUUUUCAAUAAAUGGUUUAUUUUAGGAAA